AUGCCUGGUGGACGGGGAUACGCAGGUAUGCCGGUACGAGUGCCAGCGAGUGGUAUCGGAAGCGGCCAGCAGCCAUCUGGGCUGCCUCCAGAAUACACAUCCAAUCCCGAUUUGGUUGGGUACGGCGAAGACGGGGUGAUGCCCGGUACAGGCUUAGUCAGUCCUUAUCCAACUUACCCCCCUGGCCCACUACCUAGUAGUAGUCCGCUAUCGAGUAGCGGUACACUUCCGCCGCAGCCGGUCCCACGAGGGCGGCCGAACCACUACGAGCAUGUGCCAAUGGGAGCGUAUACAGAUACGAAUAAGGCAAGAAAACCGCUGAGCUCACAUGUCGAUCCGCAAACCUCGACACAUCUGAACCGUGGACAGUCUUCAGACAACAAGGUCGGGCCGUCAGGCCAAGAGUGGUUGGAUGGCGAUGCCUUUCUCGACGCCUGUAUCUGUACCAUAGAUUGCAAGUGUCGAAAAAGCCAGCGAGUCCUGUACCGUGCACGUGAGGACCGUCGAAAGAACGGCGAUAACUCUGAUAUUGAAGACCACGAGUACGUAAGUGGAGAGAUACGAUACAUACUAAAAGGCGACCUGGGGCGGAACUGUGAUGACCACACUGGAUGCCGGAGGAGCGAAAGCGGUAGCGAGAGCCAAGAGAGGAGGGGGAAGAACAAGAACAAGAAUAACAAUGGGGGCAGGGAAGAGAGGAAGAGACUCCAGCAGCAGUUUCAAGGCUUGAAAGACGACCUACUGGAAGCGCUAGACGAGCGUUUCGAUGAUAUGAGGAAAGAAGGUCGUCAGAGACAUCGAGGGCACAGCCCCGCACGGCCGCCUUCGCUUGGGGCCUCCGGAUCUGGACAAAGCCCAUACUACAUGGCAAACGGGCCCCAUGUUGACGCACGCACAGCUAGACAAAUGGGCAUGUCGAACUAUAAUCUGUACGGCGUGGCUCCAUCAGGAAUCGGACCAAUGCCACAUGGUAUUGCUAGUGGCUUGGCUGCUGCAGGUAUGCGCAGACAUGAGGAUGACAUUUCCGACAUGAGCGACAUGAGUGACAUGGGAUUUGAUAGUACUGCUAUCGGUAUGAUGAAUAAUGGGUACAUGCAGCCCCACAUGACCAUGCUGAAGAAGAAGACGGGCAGCUGGAGGAGGAAAGCCAUGCGGCCCAACUCCACAUCACACCAUGGGGCUAAAGCGGGAGAGCGACAGGACAAGGGUACUGUGGAAGUAAAAGGACGUGGCGAUGGUAGAUUGGGUAGUCAGGACAAGGACAUGGCCAACAAACUCAACUUGGGUGGCAGCAUAGACGACGACGACGACGACGACGACGACGGAUAUUGA